AUCCGGUGUUCAGCGACGUGCUGCGGGAGGUCGGCCUGCUGGAGGUGCUGGUCAACCUGCUGCACAAGUAAGCUGCUUUGCUCAAAGACCCGGCUACGCAGCAGCAACCACACAAUAAUGACCAAGCUGACUGUAAAAACAACACUGUAGCAGAGGAGCAGAAGCAGUUGGCCUGGCUGGUGAUGGAGACACUGACUGUGCUCUUGCAGGGCUCCAACACCACCAACACUAAUGCAGCUCUGUUCAGGGAGUUUGGCGGUGCUCGUUGCGUUCACAACAUUGUGAAGUACCGUCAGUGUCGGGAACACGCCCUCCUCAUCAUCCAGCAGCUCGUCCUGUCGCCCAGCGGAGAUGACGAUAUGGGAACACUGCUGGGCCUCAUGCACUCUGCACCGUCCAGUGAACUACAGCUGAAGACUGACAUACUGCGGGCUUUGUUGGCGGUGUUGCGUGAGAGUCACCGCACCCGGACUGUGUUCCGCAAGGUGGGCGGCUUUGUCUAUGUCACCUCUCUGCUGGUUGCCAUGGAGCGCUCGCUGUGCCAGCCGCCUCGACACGGCUGGGAGCGUGUCAACCAGAACCAGGUCUUUGAGCUUCUGCACACCGUCUUCUGCACGCUCACCGCCGCCAUGCGCUACGAGCCGGCCAACUCGCACUUCUUCCGCACAGAGAUCCAGUAUGAGAAGCUGGCAGAUGCUGUCAGGCUGCUGGGCUGUUUCUCAGACACUAAGAAGCUUGGUCCCACAAGCGUCUUCCCCUCUAACGCUCAGCCUUUCCAGAGGCUGCUGGAGGACGAGGCUGCUCUGGGAGGUUGCGCAGGAGACAGCGUGUGUCCAACGCUCAAACACUGCAGCAAGCUCUUCAUCUACCUGUACAAGAUGGCCACCGACUCCUUUGACAGUCGUGCGGAGCAGGUGCCUCCCUGCCUGACUCAUGAGACCUCGCUGCCCUCGCCUUGGGGCACGCCAGCACUCGCCAGGAAGAGACAAGGCUACUACGGAACGUCGGGCCCUCCCGCCCCAGUCAAAGCCCUGACAGACCUGAAGCUCCACUUGGCCAACACCUCCCACCCCACCUCCUCCUCGUCUUCGUCCGACAUGGUGGUCAUCCACCCAGGGGCCGUCCUGGCCAUGCUGGACCUGCUGCCCUCCGUCUGCUCAGACAGUCAGCCAGAGCACGCCCUGGACCUGCAGCUGGCGGUGGCCAACAUCCUCCAGCUCCUGGUGAACAGUGAGAGGAACCAGCAGGUGCUGUGUGAAGCGUGCCUCCACCAGCGGCUGCUGCAGCGCUGCAGUCAGGCCCUGGGCGACGAGGACCAUCCAUUGCACCCUCCGCUGCAGAGGAUGUUUGAGAGGCUGGCCUCACAGGCCCUGCAGCCGAUGGCACUAAGGGAGUUCUUACGUCUUGGAAACCCUCUGAACUGCGGCGCCUGGGACAAGAAGCUACUGAAGCAGUACCGGGUUCACAAACCGAGCUCUCUCGGCUACGACGCAGAGAUGAGAAACAGUAUGACCAUGUCCAUGGAGGGCUUAGGUCCAGACAGUGUCUUCGCCACGCCAGCGGAGGACAACGGCCAGUAUCGCAUCAGCCGCAGCCUUGUGCGCUCUGCAGAGGGCAGCACCGUGCCCCUCACUCGAGUCAAGUGCCUGGUGUCCAUGACAACGCCCCAUGACAUACGCCUCCACGGAUCGGCGGUCACGCCUGCAUUUGUGGAGUUUGACACAUCGCUGGAGGGCUUCGGGUGCCUGUUUCUGCCCAGCCUGGCGCCCCACAAUGCUCCCACCAACAACACCAACGCCUCAGGUGUCAGCGACGGAGCCGUGCUGAGCGGGAUGGGAACAGGAGAGCGCUUGUUCCCUCCUCCGUCAGGCCUGAGCUACUCCACCUGGUUCUGCGUGGAGCGUUUCAGCACAGCUCCUCAGGCCCACCCGGUGCGACUGCUGACCAUCGUCCGCAGAGCCACGUCCUCGGAGCAGCACUACGUCUGCCUGGCGGUGGUGCUGUCUGCCAAAGACCGCUCGCUCACCGUCUCCACCAAGGAGGAGCUGCUGCAGACCUACUCAGCGGAUGAGUCGAGUGAAGAAGCCUCCUUCUAUGAGAUCCUGCCCUGCUGUGCUCGUUUCCGCUGCGGCGAGCUGAUCGCGGAGGGCCAGUGGCACCACCUGGUGCUGGUCAUGAGCAAAGGCAUGCUGAAGAACAGCAUGGCCACGCUGUACAUCGACGGCCAGCUCAUCAACACCGUCAAGCUCCACUAUGUCCACAGUGCACCGGGCGGCUCCGGCUCCACCAACCCUCCUGUGCUGAGCACUGUGUACGGGUACGUGGGGACGCCGCCUGCCCAGCGCCAGCUCUCCAGCCUGGUGUGGCGUCUGGGGCCCAGCCACUUCCUGGAGGAGGUCCUGCCUGCCACCAGCGUCGCUGCCAUCUAUGAACUGGGACCUAACUACGUGGGCAGCUUCCAGGCCGUCUACCUGCCCUGUAAAGACUCAAAGACAGAGGUAGCACCAGCCUCCCCAGUGGCGUUGGUCCCAGAGGAGAAGGUGUCCUUCAGUCUCUAUGCACUCUCUGUCUCCACUCUCACUGUGGCCAAGAUCAGGAAAGUCUACAACAAACUGGACAGCAAAGCCAUCGCCAAACAGCUCACUGUGUCCUCUCAUGAAAACGCCACUCCAGUCAAGCUGAUUCAUAACGCCGCCGGCCACCUCAACGGACCAGCUCGUACCAUCGGCGCCGCUGUCAUUGGAUAUUUAGGUGUCCGUGCCUUUGUGGCCAAACCUGUGGCCACCAACCUGCAGUAUGUGGGCGGGGCAGCGGCCAUCUUGGGCCUGGUUGCCAUGGCGUCAGAUGUGGAGGGGCUGUACGCAGCUGUCAAAGCUUUGGUGUGUGUUGUGAAGAGCAACCCGCUGGCCAGUAAGGAAAUGGAGCGCAUCAAAGGCUACCAGCUGCUGGCUAUGCUACUCAAGAAGAAGCGCUCGCUGCUCAACAGCCACAUCCUCCACCUCACCUUCUCUCUGGUGGGAACAGUCGACAGCGGCCACGAGACCUCCAUCAUUCCCAACUCCACUGCCUUCCAGGACCUGCUCUGUGACUUUGAGGUCUGGCUCCACGCUCCCUACGAGCUCCAUCUGUCUCUGUUUGAGCAUUUCAUCGAGCUGCUGACGGAAUCCAGCGAGGCGGCUAAAAAUGCCAAACUGCUGAGGGAGUUUCAGCUGGUCCCAAGGCUGCUGCUGACUCUGAGAGACACCUCACUGUCCCAGCCGACCGUAGCUGCCAUCAGCAACGUGCUCAGUCUGCUGCUGCAGGGCUUCCCCAACCAGUAUGAUCUGCUGAGGUUUGGCCAGUUCAUCUCCUCCACUCUUCCAACAUUUGCCGUCUGUGAGAAGUUUGUGGUCAUGGAAAUAAAUAACGAGGAGAAGAUCGAUGGAGGUAAUGACGAUGAUUUCGGCGGUCUGCUGUCAGCCAACCUCAUCCUGCUAAGGAACCGACUGCUGGACAACCUGCUCAGACUGCUCUUCACCACCAAAGAGAAGUGCACCGUCAAUGCCCAAGCGUGUGAGGAGCUGGUACGGACGCUGGGCUUUGAUUGGCUCUUGAUGUUCAUGGAGGAGCACCUUCACUCCAGCACGGUCACGGCAGCUCUGUGGAUCCUGGUGGUGCUGCUCUCCAACCAGUCCAUCCUCAACCGCUUCAAAGAGGGCCUGUGUGGAGGCGGCUGGCUCGACCACACAGACUCCGUCCUGACUAAUAAGAUUGGCACAGUGCUGGGCUUCAACGUGGGCCGCAGUGCUGGUGGGCGCUCCACGGUGCGAGAGAUCAACCGGGACGCGUGCCACUUCCCAGGACUGCCUGUGCUGCAGACGCUGCUGCCCAAACACACCAACGUGCCAGAGCUCUACUUCCUGCUCAUGGCGCUGUUCCUGCAGCAGCCUGUCACGGAGCUGCCAGACAGCCUGCAGGUACAUUUUGACCUGGACUCCAUCUGGACCUUCAUCUUUGGCAUACCGGCCUCCAGUGGGACCGUAGUGGGCUCCAUCCACAAUGUGUACACCGAGGCGGCCUUCCUGCUGUUGGCCAUGCUGCGCAGCAUGCUCAACCUGCCGUGGCAGUCAGAGGAGGAAGGCUCCUGGCUGAGGGAGUACCCCGUCACCCUCAUGCAGUUCUUUAGAUAUCUCUACCACAACGUGCCCGACCUGUCACCCAUGUGGCACAGCGCCGAAUUCCUCUGCGCACUAGCAGCGACCGUCUUCCCUUUCAACAUCAGGCCGUACUCUGAGAUGGUCACUGAUUUGGACGACGAGGCCGGAUCUCCCACUGAGGAAUUCAAAGCCUUCGCCGGGGACUCUGGUAUGAACCGCAGCCAGUCUGAGUACUGCAAUGUAGGCUCUAAAACAUCACUGACCAACCACCCUGCCAAAAAGUACGUCUUUGACUUCAUGAGGGUCCUGAUCAUGGACAACCUGUGCAUGACCCCGGCCAGCAAGCAGACGCCCAUCAUCGACCUGCUGCUGGAGGCCUCCCCGGAGCGCUCCACUAGAACUCAGCAGAAGGAGUUUCAGUCCAACAUCCUGGACGGCGUCAUGGAGCAUCUUCUGGCUGCUGAUGUCCUUCUAGGUGAAGACGCCUCUCUGCCUCUCAGCAGUGGAGGCAGUUAUCAGAUUCUGGUCAACAACGUCUUCUACUUCACCCAGCGGGUGGUGGACAAGCUGUGGCAGGGCAUGUUCAACAAGGACUCCAAGCUGGUGGUGGACUUCAUCGUGCAGCUCAUAGGACAGUCUAAGAGACGUUCCCAGGGUCUUUCCCUUGACACCAUCUACCACUGUCUGAACCGGACCGUGCUCUACCAGCUCUGUCGACCUCACAAGACGGUAGCUCAGCAGGUGGCCCUGCUGGACGCCCUGCGGGUCCUGACUGUCAACCGCAACCUGGUGCUCGGGCCAGGCAACCACGACCAGGACUUUGUGGCCUGCCUGGCUCACUGCUUCAUCUGUCUGCACAGCGGAAGUAGCGUGGAGGGCUUCGGUCUGGAGGCGGAGGCCAGGAUGACAACCUGGCAUGUCAUGAUGCCCACGGAGAACGAUGCUGACGCUACGCACAGCCAUGACGUCAGCGAGGGGCGGCAGCUGCUGCUGAAGGCGGUGAACCGGGUGUGGACGGAGCUGAUGCACAGCAAGCGUCAGAUGCUGGAGGACAUAUUCAAAGUGUCUCUGCCCUGCAACGACAGAGGCCACGUGGACAUCGCCACGGCCCGGCCCGCCUUGGAGGAGCCGGCACUGAAGAGCUGGCAGAACCACCUAGUCCAUGAGAAGAAGUGCAUCAGUCGUGGUGAGGCAGUGGCACCGGCGACCCAGUCCAAACUGUCCAGAGUUAGCAGCGGCUUCGGCCUCUCCAAGCUGACAGGCGUCCGCCGCAACAAGAAGGAGAACAGCCUGAAUAAGAACAGCCUGUCUGCUCAGGAGACGUUCCAGUGGAUGUUCACGCACAUCGCUGUUGUUCGAGACCUGGUGGCCAUGCAGUACAAAGAAUAUCAGGAGCGACAGCAGAAUGCCCUCAAGUACGUGACAGAGGAGUGGGCGUCCAUCGAAUACGAGCUGCUGCGUGAACGGGGCCUCUGGGGCCCGCCCAUCGGCUCCCACCUGGACAAGUUUGUGCUGGAGAUGACGGAGGGGCCUUGCAGGAUGAGGAAGAAGAUGGUCCGCAAUGACAUGUUCUAUAUCCACUACCCAUACAUCCCUGAGAUGGAGCCAAACACCAACUCAGCGCAGAAGCCUCUCCGUUACCGGCGAGCCAUCAGCUACGACAGUAAGGAGUACUAUGUCCGCUUGCUGUCUGGAAACCCCGGCAUGUACCAGCACUCUGUGGAGCACACCACAGAAGGAGAGACCACACAGCAUGAGCCCGAGCACGGAGAGGACACCAUCGCAAGAGUCAAAGGCCUGGUGAAGGCUCCUCUGAAGAGGUCUCGGUCCACAGCGGACGGGGCAGACGAGGACAGUCAGGAGCAGCUUCAGGAGCAGCUGUUGGAGUCAGGAGGCCCCGAAGAGGAGCAGAGGACCGACAAUACGUCUCUGCUGCGCCUCCUGGAGGAGGGAGAGAAGAUUCAGCACAUGUACCGCUGUGCCAGGGUUCAGGGUCUGGACACCAGCGAGGGUCUGCUGCUGUUUGGGAAAGAGCACUUCUACGUCAUCGAUGGCUACACCAUGACCGUGUCCAGAGAGAUCAGGGACAUCGACACGCUGCCCCCCAAUUUGCAUGAGGCCAUCAUCCCCAGAGGAGCGAGACAAGGACAGAGCCAGCUGAAGAGAACCUGCAGCAUCUUCGCCUACGAGGACAUCAAGGAAGUGCACAAGAGACGCUACCUGCUGCAGCCCAUGGCGGUGGAAGUUUUCUCUGCAGAUGGAAGAAACUACUUGUUAGCAUUCCAGAAAGGAGUCCGCAACAAAGUUUACCAAAGGUUCUUGGCAGUGGUGCCUUCACUGGCUGACAGCUCCGAGUCAGUUUCAGGCCAGAGGCCCAACACCAGCGUCGAACAAGGAUCGGGGCUCCUCAGCACGCUGGUCGGUGAGAAGUCAGUGACUCAGAGAUGGGAGCGAGGAGAAAUCAGUAACUUCCAGUACCUGAUGCAUCUGAACACGCUGGCAGGACGAUCCUACAAAGACCUGAUGCAGUAUCCCGUCUUCCCCUGGAUUCUGGCUGACUAUGACGCAGAGGAGCUGGACCUGAACAACCCCAAGACGUUCCGUAACCUCGCCAAGCCGAUGGGUGCCCAGACUGACGACAGACUGACGCAGUACAAGAAGAGAUACAAGGACUGGGAAGACCCCAACGGUGAAACCCCAGCGUACCACUACGGCACCCACUACUCAUCAGCCAUGAUCGUAGCCUCCUAUCUGGUCCGGAUGGAGCCCUUCACACAGAUUUUCCUCAGACUUCAGGGAGGUCAUUUUGACCUGGCUGACAGGAUGUUCCACAGCGUGCGUGAAGCUUGGCUCUCCGCCUCCAAACACAACAUGGCCGACGUCAAGGAGCUCAUCCCUGAGUUCUUCUAUCUGCCCGAGUUCAUGCUCAACUCCAACAACUUUGACCUGGGUGCCAAGCAGAAUGGCACCAAGCUGGGUGACGUCAUCCUGCCACCUUGGGCCAAGGGCGACCCCCGGGAGUUCAUCAGAGUCCACAGAGAGGCGUUGGAGUGCGACUACGUAUCGGCCCACCUCCAUGAAUGGAUCGACCUGAUUUUCGGCUACAAGCAGCAGGGUCCACCGGCCGUGGAGGCGGUCAACGUCUUCCACCACCUGUUCUACGAGGGUCAGGUGGACAUCUACAACAUCAACGACCCGCUCAAGGAGACGGCCACCAUCGGCUUCAUCAACAACUUCGGACAGAUCCCCAAACAGCUGUUUAAGAAGCCCCAUCCUCCCAAACGGGUACGCAGUAAAGCCAACGGUGACAUAGCGAGCAUCCCUCCGAGCUCCAACAGCGACAAGAUCUUCUUCCAUCAUCUGGACAAUCUCAGACCUUCUCUAGCACCUGUCAAAGAGCUGAAGGAGCCUGUGGGACAGAUCGUGUGCACUGAUAAGGGCAUACUUGCUGUGGAGCAAAACAAAGUCCUGGUUCCCCCCACCUGGAGCAAGACCUUCGCCUGGGGCUACGCCGACCUCAGCUGCCGUCUGGCUAACUACGAAUCUGACAAGGCGCUGGUGGUGUACGAGUGUCUGUCAGAGUGGGGUCAGAUCCUUUGUGCCAUAUGUCCAAACCUGAAGCUGGUCAUCACCGGCGGCACCAGCACCGCCAUCUGUGUGUGGGAGACAGGAACCUCCAAAGAGAGGGCCAAGUCACUCACGCUCAAACAGGCGCUGCUGGGCCACACGGACGCUGUGACGUGUCUGACAGCGUCGUCAGCGUACCACAUUGUUGUCAGCGGCUCGCGGGAUCGAACCUGCAUCAUCUGGGACCUCAACAAGCUUUCCUUCGUCACGCAGCUCAGGGGCCACAGGGCGCCCGUCUCUGCUCUGUGUAUCAAUGAACUGACGGGGGACAUUGUGUCCUGUGCAGGCACAUAUAUUCACGUGUGGAGCAUUAACGGCAGCCCCAUCGCCAGCGCCAACACCUUCACAGGGCGCAGCCAGCAGAUCCUGUGCUGCUGCGUGUCAGAGAUGAACGAGUGGGACACGCAGAAUGUCAUCGUCACCGGACACUCGGACGGCGUUGUCAGGUUCUGGAGAAUGGAGUUCCUCCAAGUCCCAGAAACCCCUGCUCCAGAGCCAGUAGAGCCAGAUGUGCCUGACUGCUGUGGCGAGGAGAAGAUUGAGGGUGGCGAGAGUCACAACGGCGAUGAGGACAGCAGUGAGUCGGACGGAGACGAGCCCAGUCUGAGCCAGGAGCCCAAAGCACCAAGUAACCCCUCCACAGGUGGAGGCAGCCAACCAGGCAGCACCGUCCACAGACCCAGAGGUCCCCCAGCUCGACCAGGAGCCUCGUGGUCGAUGGACAGCAGCUCUGACGACUCUCACCGCUGGUCCGACACUCUCAGCAUCGACGAGAAGGACGGCUUCGUGUUCGUCAACUACUCUGAGGGCCAAACCAAGGUCCCUCACCCUCACUCAGCUCACCCAGGUCAGGGCGCAAUGCUGCAGCCUCUCCAGCCCUCCACCAUGGACGCACGGACGUAUAACCAGCUCAGGGCCGGCUACAGAUGGGAGCGCCAGCUGGUCUUCCGGAGCAAACUCACCAUGCACACGGCGUUUGAUCGCAAGGACAAUGCUCAGCCCGCAGAGAUCACAUCCCUCGCCAUCUCCAAGGACCACAGUAAGAUCCUGGUGGGCGAUGGUCGCGGUCGGGUCUUCAGCUGGUCAGUUAGCGACCAGCCAGGCCGUUCGGCGGCCGACCACUGGGUGAAGGACGAGGUGGUGGACAGCUGCUCCGGCUGCACAGUUCGCUUCUCCCUCACAGAGCGACGCCACCACUGCAGGAACUGCGGGCAGCUCUUCUGCCAAAAGUGCAGUCGCUUCCAGUCAGAGAUCAAACGGCUGAAGAUCUCGUCACCGGUGCGAGUUUGUCAGAACUGUUACUACAACCUUCAGCAUGAGCGAAGCGCCGAGGACGGCUGCAGAAACUGAGCUCCGCCCGCCACCUCCACCUCACCCCGAGGACUCCUUCCUGAGGAGCGUUUCAUUCCUCCGACUGCCUUGUUGUUCCCUCGACACCUCCCGUAUAAAAGGCUCUCCCUCCAAACCCCCCCUUUAUCCUCUCGUACGUCCAGUAACCACAUGUACUGUAACACACUGACAGAAUGUAACCGCAGGGAGGGAGUGUCGGCUGGGAGAAAACGAGGAUAGCAGAUCGAAAGGAAACUCAAUCACCACUUUGACCACCUGCACUCACCUGGAGGAGGGAAAAAAGAAAGAAGCAAAAACACCAUCGAUGGCGACACGGCACGCUUGAAUCAAUCACCCGCCAUUUUUGCUUUGAGAUCAAGAACCAGGAAAACUCCUCCCUCUGUCACCUGAAGACACAACAGACUUGUGAAUAUUGUAAAUACGUACCAUGGCCUUUUUAACUCUCACGAGGAACCAACUCAGAACAAAAAAUAAGGUCAAUGAGAAAAAAGAAAUUGCCUGUAACAUAGCGUUGUGACUAACCACUCCUGGCUUUAAAAAAACAAAAUGUGUGUAGUCUGCGUCACGAGUCACGGCGAGUCCAGAGGAAGGGAUAUGAAUGUCAAUAAUUAAUGUCUGUGGGUUGACUUCACCAGUGGGUCUAGUUAUGCAAAAUCUUUUUAAGUUCCUGAUCAGUUUUUGUUGUUGUUUACAGAUAUAUUUUGUGAGUGUGUUGCCCACAGUGUCAAACCAUCGCCGUCACACAGAGAUUUAUUAUCACAUCCCUUUUUUCUUUUAUUGGCCAAAUUGUUUUGAUGAAUUAUGACGAUUUUUUUUAAAAUCUAUUUUGUCCUUUUUAUGAAUUCCCAUUUGUAGGAUUUUGUUAUUGUUGCUGCUGUUUGAAGACUGGACACGUUAUCAUUUCAGAUUUUAUUUUUAAACCAUAUCACUCCGUUAAUUUCAAGAUUUGUUCUGUGAGAGAGGAAACGCCACGCACGCGUUCAUCGUCUGUGAAAAAUACGAAUUAGCUAAAGAAGUCGCAUCUCUUUCAUGGAGCCUUAUGUAGUUACUGUACAGCGUCACUGCAGCUUUCUGAAUGCACACGAUAAAGGGACUCUUAUGUUUAUUUCUGUUUUUAUUUUCUGUUCUUGUCGGUUUGUGUUCAGGUUUGUCGUCUGCAGACGUUCACUCUGACCCUGUGGCAUUAUUACAGCACAUGUGGCACUCCACACUUUAUCAAGUCCUCGUAGAAGAUGUUAAACUGCAGGAGCAGCAGCCGAGACAGAUGGAGAUGUAAAUAAUCAUUUUAACCACGAAAUCAUGACAUUACCUUACACAGGACAAAAUCCACUCUAAAAUUAUAAAAAGAAUUUCAUGGUGUUUUGUCGACAAAGUCAAAUACGUUCACACAGUUGGACAGACUUUUUUUUUCCAGGUAAAAAUGUAUUUUUUGUAUUUUAUCAAUUAUGUGGCCUCCUUAUGCUUUCUAAUGUGCAUAAUUUCUUAAUCAAGUAUGCUCAGAAAACAUUUAAAUACAU